AGGUGACACUAUUGAAGAGCGAUGGGGCUUCAAUCUACCUUUCCAGAGACAUCGCCGCUGCAAUAGAUCGCUACGAGCGAUUGAAAUUCGACGAAAUGCUUUAUGUGGUUGACAAUACGCAAAUGGACCAUCUCAGAGCGGUUUUCGAGUUGGUUGGACGAUUCGCACCUGACGUGAGGUCCAAGUGCAAGCACGUGAAUUUUGGGAGAAUUUUGGGCAUGAGUACGAGGCGAGGAACCGCGGUGAUGUUGGCGGACAUCUUGGAUGAGGCUCGGGACCGAAUGGAGGCUCAACAAGCCAUUUCACCGAACACACGGGCAACAGAUGCAGAAACCGUGGAGACUCUAGGACUAAGCUGUUUGGUCAUCAAUGUCCUAGCUCAGAGACGAGUCAGAGAUUAUGAGUUCCGGUGGGAACAAGCGUUAGCUAGCAAGGGAGACUCAGGAGUUGCUUUGCAAUACUGCCAUGCUAGGCUUUGCAGCUUGGAGGAGAAAUGUGGAGUUGAUGUGGUCGAUUCUUUGACCAAUGAACAUUUACAGUCACUGCUGAGGUCGCCUGAGGCCAUAUUGCUUACUGCCGAUUUAGCGAGAUUUGAAGAUGCCUUGUAUCAAGGAUAUGAGAAAUUUGAGUCUCAGCUGAUGGUGGAUUAUCUCAUGAAACUGAAGNAUAUCCUCAAUAAUAAAUAA